CACUGAGUCCUGUAUGGCACGAAGUGAAGGAUGUAGUUUCACAAAGCGGGCUCUUGGAUGUCUGCAGAGCAGAGAUUUAUUUUUCCCUAAACCAGAGGAUAACUGGAUGAUGGCAUGGCUAUAAACAGCUGCCCUGGGGGGAGUAUGAGGAUCUGUCUCACUAGUUUCUCCUUAUUGCUCCUCCACCUACUUCCUUGUUUGGGGCAGCUGCAGGAGCCAGGCUCCUCAUCCUUUCAAUUUACCGCCUCCAUCUACAAUGCCACCAUUUAUGAGAACUCUGCAGCUCGGACAUACAUUAGGACUGAGGUUAAAAUGGGGAUUCCACUAUCUAAGUUUGGUCCUUUGGAUAUUAAAUAUUCCAUUGAAUCUGGAGAUGAUGAGGGGCUGUUCCAGGCUGAGGAAUUUGUGUUGGGGGACUUUUGCUUUCUUCGCAUACGGACUAAUGGUGGGAGCGCUGCCAUCCUGAACCGUGAAGUGCAGAAUAAUUAUACAUUAACGGUGAGGGCUACCGGCCUAGGUGGGCUGGAGGCUUACGUGACAGUUAAUGUGCAAAUUAUGGACAUGAAUGACCUCCGACCUUUGUUCUCGCCCACUUCCUAUGCCAUUGAUAUUUCAGAAAGUUCUCCGCUGGGAGCAAGUGUGGCUCAGGUGACUGCCACUGAUGCAGAUAUCGGCUCCAAUGGCGAGUUUUACUAUUUCUUCAAAAAAGACGUGGAGGAGUUUGCUGUCCAUCCAACCAGUGGGGUGGUAUCACUCACAGCCAAGCUAAAUGCAGAUAAGAACAGCAGAUUUGACCUUGAGGUUUUAGCAGUGGAUCGUGGAAUGAAGGUUUAUGGGAACAGUGGUAUUAGCAGUACAGCCAAACUAGUGAUCAGUGUUGUGCGUAUUAAUGAGUUCGCUCCAACACUGAUUGCAGUCGCACAUUACCCUUUAAUAUCAGACAAAGAGCCAGUUUACGCCACUGUUACUGUAGAAGAUUUGGACGAGGGACCCAAUGGAGAAAUCGAAUGGGUUGCCAUCAUUGCAGGUGACCCACAGGAGCAGUUUUUCUUUGACAGAGCGCCACUUGGAAAUGAAUACAAGCUGAAGAUGUCUGAACCAGUCAACUGGGAUAAAUUUCCUUAUGGUUGCAAUCUCACUUUUCAAGCCAAAGACCGUGGAACACCACCAAGACUCUCCAACACUCAGUCUGUUCAGCUCUUAGUGAAAAAAACACAGUCUGUGCAGGUGAGUUUCGAAAAAAAGAUUUACAAAACCUCAAUUAUUGAGAUUGCACCACCAGGGACCAUAAUAGAGACUGUGAGGAUAUCUCCAAGACCGCCAGUCGUCAGCUAUGCUCUAAGCCUGACCUCAGAUUCAAUUUAUUUUAUCAUUAAUCCACUCACUGGUGUCAUCUCAACAGCGCAACAGUUUACAACAUUAAAACAGGAGCUCUUCAAUUUAGAGGUGAUGGAGACAGUAAGUGGCAUGACAGCAAAGGUGCAAAUCACGGUCGAGGAUGCUAACGACAACUACCCAGUGUUUAUCAGCACAUCUUACAAAGUCUCUAUCAAUGAGAGCAUCCCCAUCGGCACUGUCAUUCUCACUAUAUCAGCGGUGGAUGAUGAUAAAGGUGAUAAUGGGUGCAUAACAUACAGCAUAGCUAGCCUUCAGCCCCUUCCGUUUAUCAUCAACCAAAAUACUGGAGAGCUGACGACAUCCAAAGAACUGGAUUUUGAAUCGUCUUUGGAGACAUACAUGUUCGCUGUCCGAGCCUCAGACUGGGGAUCGCCUUACAGACGAGAAAGUGAAGUCAAUGUCACGGUACAAGUGUUGAACAUUAAUGACAACCAACCUCUUUUUGAGCGUGUGUCAUGUAAAGGUACGAUAGGAUGCGAUUUUCCUGUGGGUCAGACGAUCAUCAUAAUGUCUGCCAUUGAUAUCGAUGAGCUUGGGUUGGUUAAAUAUAAGAUUCUGUCUGGAAAUGAGCAAGAUGUCUUCACUCUUAACCCGGACUCGGGGAUGUUGUCAUUAAAAAGAUCUCUCUCCUCAAUGAGUGUAAAGAAUGAACAGUUCAGCUUGAAAAUAGCUGCGUCAGAUGGCGAGCUGCUCUCCGCACCCACCUUUGUAAAUAUAUCAGUGGGUGGUGACGGAAUGAUUUACACCACUGGCAGCCUGGACUGCGAGACUCAGGAUUCAUACUGGCUAACAGUGUAUGCAACGGACCGUGGCGUGGUGCCGCUUUCUGCCUCUAUUGAGGUGUUUAUCCAGGUGGAGGAUGUGAAUGAUAAUGCACCUUUGACCCUUGAACCCGUCUACCACCCGUACGUCAUGGAGAACUCUCCCAAAGACGUGUCUGUGGUCCGUAUCAAAGCCCAGGACCUGGACGUUACCGCCUCAGAUAGCCGUCUCAUGUAUCGUAUCACAGCUGGGAAUCCUCAGAACUUCUUUUCCAUUGAUUCCAACACAGGACUCAUCACCACCACAUCAAGGAAACUGGACAGAGAGCAACAAGCAGAGCACUUCUUAGAGGUUACAGUUAUGGAUGGAGGAGGGAUCUUCAGGCAGUCCACUGUCUGGGUGAUAGUGCAUGUUCAAGAUGAGAAUGACAAUACGCCUGAAUUCAAAGAGUCUGUGUACCGCAUCAGCCUUCCGGAGCGGGACCGUAACAAACGCGGUGAUCCUGUCUACAGAGUCUUCGCUUACGAUCGAGAUGAAGGGUCCAAUGCAGAUCUCACAUACAGCAUCGUGGAUGGAAAUGACGACGGCAAAUUCGUAAUCGAUGCCAAGACAGCCAUGGUGUCUUCCAGGAAGAUGGUCACAGCUGGUGGCUAUGAUAUACUCACGAUAAAAGCCAUUGACACUGGAAGCCUUCAGAAGUGGUCGACCGCCCGUUUGCAUGUUGAAUGGAUUCGGAAGCCCAUGCCUUCGCCACUAGCCUUGCGAUUUACCGCAGCCAUUUACAACUUCACAGUGGCGGAAAACGCCAAAGUGUAUGAGUCAGUUGGAGUGGUCUCUGUUUGGCAGACAGAAACUCCUUUAUGGUUCGACAUCAUUGGUGGAAGAACGUCCCGGGAGAUGUUUUAUAUGCCACAGAGCUCCUGUGGUGGAAACUGUUCAUCUGACAGUGGUAACUAUGAUGGUCCAUUUGAUAUUCAGAGAGGGAUGGGGACCAUAGUAAUAGCCAGACCUCUCGAUGCAGAGACACAGUCGCUAUACAACAUGACGGUACAGGUAACAGAUGGGACAAACACUGCUACUACACAGAUUUACAUAAAGGUUUUGGACAGCAAUGACAACAGUCCUAUUUUCUCUGAGCGUACAUAUGAAGUCUCGGUGUCUGAGGAUACGCCAGCCGACACUGAGGUCUUGCGUGUCCGGGCCAGGGACAAGGAUGAACGGUCAAAGUUGAGCUAUUCUAUCCAUGGCAGCGUUGAUCCGGUGAGCAUGCGGAUGUUUAGGAUCAAUCCUGGUACUGGUGUCAUGUACACAGCAGAUCGACUGGACUAUGAGAUCCACUCUCAGCACAUCCUUACUAUUAUGGUGAAAGAUCAAGAAUUUCCCUAUUAUAGAGACCUGGCACGGAUUAUUGUGACCUUGGAGGAUGCCAAUGACCAGCCUCCUUUUUUUACUCGCACUAUUUAUGACAGUACAGUGUUUGAGUCUUCCCCUCCAGGAAUGUCAUCUUUGCAGGUGAUCGCACUAGACAGAGACUCAGGGAGAAACGGGGAGAUAGUUUACUCAAUCGUUGCAGGAAACACUGGUGGCAUAUUUGGAGUAGAUCCAUUAUCUGGCAUAAUUUCAGUAGCCAGAGAGCUGGACCUUACAACUGUGGGUUUUUAUACCCUUACUGUGAGAGCCACAGAUGGAGGUGCUCCGGCAUUAAGUAGCACAACUACUGCUAGGAUCGCCAUCUCUCUGUCUGAUUUCUCCAGUCCAAAGUUUGCCCAGCAAGAAUACCAGGCUGAGAUCACUGAGAAUGUGGCUAUCGGGACUUUUGUCAUAUUGGUCUGUGCAAUUAGCCGAACCACACUGAUUUAUGACAUUAUACAAGGAAAUGAUGAAAGGAGGUUUAAAAUAAACUGUUACACAGGUGUCAUCACAACACAAAGGAAUUUUGACUUUGAGAUGACCUCCUCAUAUAUGCUGGUGAUCCAAGCUGUAAACAUGGCUGGGAUUGCCUCCAGUGUCACUGUCUGCAUCCAAGUGGUUGAUGAAAAUGAUAAUCCUCCAGUUUUUCAGGAGCUCACAUAUACAGGGACCAUCAGCGAGGCGGCCCCCAUCAAUAGUGUGGUGAUAAGUGAGGAUGGAAAGCCGCUGGUAAUUGAAGCCACAGAUGCUGACAAGAAUCACAAUGCCCUCCUGGUCUUCCAGAUUGUGGAGGACACAGCAAAAUUGUUCUUUACUGUAGACUCAGGAACAGGCUCCGUCAGAACUAUAGCUAAACUGGACUAUGAAACAUUCAGUGCUUUUUAUUUUUCUGUAAGUGUAAGGGACAGUGGCAGGCCUCAGCUAACAGCAGAGAAGCCAGCCAAGGUCCUAAUCAGGGUUGUGAACAUCAAUGACUCUCCCCCUCAGUUCUCACAAGAAGCUUAUGACACUGUUUUGCUUCUUCCAACAUAUGUUGGGGUUGAGGUUCUGAGAGUAGAAGCCACUGAUCCAGACAUGACCACUGAUCUGAUGUAUUCCUUGGCUGAUAGCAACUUGAAGCACUAUGAAAUGGAUUCAUCAUCAGGCAUACUCACGGUCAAAAACAAUAAACUCUCCAAAGACCGUUAUCGUUUCAAUGUCAAAGUGUCAGACGGGCUGUACUUUUGCACAGCACUCGUGACUGUGUUAGUUAGGGAGGCUAUGGACAGUGGCCUCCUCUUCAGUCAAACCACAUACUCCUCCUCUGUACUGGAGAACAGUGUGAACAUUACCACUGUGAGCAUUGUAAAUGCUGUAGGAAACCGCUUAAAUGAACCACUAAAGUACACGCUUUUGAAUGCAGGGACACGCUUUACAAUUCGUCCCACAUCAGGAGUCAUUCAAACCACAGGAGUCCCUUUCGAUCGAGAACAACAGGAACUGUAUGAGCUGGUGGUUGAGGCGAGUAGAGAAUACGACCAGCCGCGAGUUGCUAGAGUAACCGUCAGAGUAGAAGUUGAGGAUAUUAACGACAAUGCCCCUGAGUUUCUAGGCCUUCCAUAUUAUGCGACUGUGCAGGUUGAUGCAGAACCUGGCUCAUCCAUCUUCCAGGUGUCUGCGACAGAUUUGGACAAAGGGAUAAAUGGAGCUGUAUAUUACGAGCUUAAGGAGGACCAUCCACAUUUUGAGGUGAAUAAGCUCACUGGGGAGCUUACUCUUAAAAGGGCCUUUGAUGCAGACUUGUCCAAUGUUGAAUAUCCGCUGGUCGUCCUCGCACGUGAUGCAGGCUACCCCUCCCUCUUCACUGUUGUCGAGCUUCCAGUUACAGUUGUGAACAAGGCCAUGCCUGUUUUUGACAAGUCAUUUUAUGGCAUAUCAGUUAGAGAGGAUAUUGCAGUGUCAACUCCCAUAUUAUGCAUAAAUGCCACCAGCCCAGAGGGCCAAAACAUUAUAUAUACUAUCGUGGAAGGGGAUCCUUCCUUCCAAUUUGACAUUGGCUUUGACAGUGGUGUGAUUAGUGUCAUAUAUCCUUUAGACUAUGAAACCACACCCUACUACAGGCUAACCAUCAGGUCUACAGACACUCUCACUGGAGCCAGAUCCGAAGUAGAUGUGGACAUAGUUGUGGUGGAUGUAAAUGACAAUGCCCCUGCAUUUCGUAAUGCAUCAUACAACACCACUUUGCCAGAAAACUCAAUGAUUGGGUCUAGCGUGAUACAGCUUUGGGCAACCGACAAGGAUUCAGAAAAAAACAGUGUAAUUAACUAUCAAAUCCUCUCUGAUGGAUUUAACAGCACAGACUACUUCCACAUUGACAGCACUAGUGGACUCGUGUUAACAACCUGUCUUCUGAACUACGAACUUACACCGAGCUUUAGCUUUAUCGUUAGAGCAACAGACAACGGUUCCCCAUCCCAGAGCAGUGAGGUCACGGUCACCGUCUUAGUGAGUGACGUGAAUGACAACCCACCAUCCUUCAGCCAGCCACUUUAUGAAGCUUUUGUGAGUGAACUGGCUCCCAGAGGGCAUAUUGUGACAUGUGUCCAAGCUUCUGAUUCAGACAGCUCAGAUGCCGAGAGUUUGAGGUACAGCAUACUCUCUGGAGAUGAGAAAAUGAACUUCAUAAUAGACUCUCAGACAGGUGUUAUUUACUUGUCCAGUCGGCGCAGACAGGGGAUACGGCCAGCAUACAACCUCAACGUGUCUGUAUCAGAUGGGGUCUUCACCAACACUGCACAGGUGAACAUUCAAGUCAUGGGGGCCAACCUUUACAGCCCUGUCUUUAGUCAAAGGUUCUACUUGGCGGAGGUCCGUGAGAAUGCCCCAGCAGGUACCAAAGUCAUUCAGGUGCGUGCCACAGAUGAGGACUCAGGGAUUUUUGGUCAGAUCAUGUAUUCCUUUAUCAAUGACCUUGGAAAGACUCAGUUUUACAUUGGAGCCGAUGGCCUGAUAACUACAGCUCAGAAACUCAACAGAGAGAACCCAAUAAACAGAGACAUUGUGCUAACUGUUAUGGCGCUCGAUGGUGGGGGAAGAGCAUCCUUCUGCACAGUUAGGGUAAUUCUUGCUGACGAAAAUGAUAAUGCGCCACGUUUCAGGGCUAUGGAGUAUAGAGUUAGCAUAAAGGCUAAUGUGCCAAUGGGAUCGCUGGUGACUCAAAUCCAGGCUCAGGACCCAGAUUCCGGCGAUAAUGGCAGAGUUAGCUACUCGCUGUACAGUGAGGCAAGGCUUCCUCUUGUGGAUGUGUUGGAGAUUGAGCCUGACAGUGGCUGGAUGGUCACAAAGGGAAGCAUGGCGCAUUUAAGAGGAACGGUUCUCUCCUUUUUUGUCAAAGCUACUGAUGGAGGUGUUCCAGCCAAACAUUCCCUUGUGUCUGCAUUUAUUCAUGUCUUACCACCUGAUGCAAAUGUGCCCUCCUUCACCCAACCCCAGUACUCCUACACGGUCCCAGAGGACACACCUGUUGGGACAGUCUUGGGAUCAGUGUACUUAAGUCCUGGCCAGACAGCUUUCUUUUCUGUGGUGAAUGGAGAGACUGGGGAGAGUAACCAGGGUGGGACAUUUUUAGUUGAGAGAGAAACUGGACUUCUAAGGCUUGUUAACCCCCUUGAUUAUGAACUCAUCAACAUUUACCGUUUCAAAGUUGCAGCCACCAUGAGACAGUCACUGGUUGAGUCCAUGUCUGUAGUGGAUGUAGAAGUCAAGGUGCUGGAUGUGAAUGACAACAAACCGUUAUUCGAAACCAGCUCUUAUGUGGCCAUGGUUAUGGAAGGUAUGCCUAGGGGUACACGGGUUAUCCAGGUACGAGCGCUUGACCCUGAUUGGGGAUCUAACGGACAGGUUAAUUACAGCCUUGGACCAACCCUAAACCAAGAGCAGGACAAAGUUAGUGGAUCUAAAUCUGCCUCUGGUGCCAUGUUUGUUAUUGACAGCAAGACUGGUUGGAUCACCACUCUCGGUGACUUGGAUCAUGAGAUGUGCCCAUCUUACACCUUCAACGUGGUGGCAUCUGAUCUAGGAGAGGGUGUCUCACUUUCCUCCGCAGCUGUAGUGACCGUUGCAAUCGCAGACGUUAAUGACAACCCCCCUACCUUCGAGAGAGAGUACUACAGAGGUGCUGUGCGAGAGAGCGACCCUCUGGGAGAAGUGGUUUCGGUGCUGAGCACUCGUGAUGGGGACAGCUCUGAUCAGAAUCGGCUUGUCAGCUUCCAUAUCACAGGAGGAAACCCCAAGGGGGUAUUUGCGCUGGCUCCUGUUCAGGGGGAGUGGAAGGUCUUCGUGAAGCGGCCUUUGGACAGAGAGGAGCAGGAUCGAUACCUGCUCAAUAUCACAGCCAGUGACGGCCUGUUUGUAACCCGCAUAGGCGUAGAGGUCACUGUCAUGGAUUCCAAUGACAACAGCCCCAUCUGCAAUCAGGCGCAGUAUGAGGCCUCAUUUCCAGAAGAUGUGUCUGUUAAUACUGCCAUUCUGACAGUUGGAGCUACAGACUUGGACAGUGGUGUCAAUGCAGAAAUUCAGUAUUCUCUGUUUGGCAUUGGUGUUGAAGAUUUUUACAUGGAUGCAAAUACUGGUAUUUCUGUACAAACUGCUUUUGACAUGAAGAUUGUGUACUCACUUGUUGACUCUGCUGGUGGUAUGUUCUCCACUGACCCAUCCGCUGGUGUGGUGAUCCUGGAGAAGCCUCUGGACCGAGAGGUGCAAGACUCGUAUCAGAUCAGAAUCAAGGCUACUGACCGAGCAGGGGGCGAUGGCUCGCUCUUCACCGAGGUGGACCUCACCAUCAUGGUUCUGGACGUGAACGACAACCCACCUGUGUUUCAAAAGCAAGAUUACGUGGUCACAGUGCCUGAAGAUGUUACUGUAGGAACAGAAGUGCUGCGAGUCUUUGCCACAAGUAGUGACAUUGGAGUGAAUGCAGAAAUCUACUAUAGAUUCUUGUCUGGAAAUGAGCUGGGGAAGUUUUCCAUUGAUGAUUCAACAGGCAUCAUUUCUGUGGCGGAUGAUCUUGACUAUGAGCUCUGCAAGGAUUUUUUCCUGAAUGUCGAGGCCUUUGAUGAUGGAACACCUCCCUUGAGAGCCACGACAAUAGUGACCAUAGAGCUUCUGGACGUCAAUGACCACUCGCCUUCAUUCAGCGAGGACAUCUACAAUGUUCUGAUCAGCGAGGACAUAGCCAUCGGAGAAACGGUCAUGAGGCUGUUCGCAGAAGACUUGGACAGUCAGAUCAAUGGGUGUAUCACUUAUUCCAUUCUGAAAGGGGACCGUGAAAAUCAGUUUUGGAUCGACCCUGUCACCGGGCUUCUGAAAGUUAACAAGGCACUGGACAGAGAGACGGUCUUCAGCUACUCAUUGUCUGUGCAAGCGUUUGACAGCGGGUCACCUGCCAAGUCAACCACUGUGAAUGUCAAUAUCGAGAUUGCCGAUGUGAACGACAACCCGCCGAUCUUCUCUCCCGCUAAUGCUUCAGCUGUUAUUCAGUUGAACAAGCCUGCAGGAACUACCAUCCUCUCACUAUCAGUUUCUGAUAAGGACUCCUCUAGAAAUGGUGCACCUUUUGAAUUUCGUAUCGUGUCUGGAAAUGAGGGCAAUGCUUUCAGUCUGGACCAGAAUGGAGAAUUACGGACAAGCCGAGUAUUUGGUCCUGAUGCAACACGAGAGUAUACGCUUGAGAUACAGGCGCGUGAUUCAGGGAAGCCUCGUCUGUCCUCCACAUCCUUUGUGUUUGUGCGUGUCAUCGGAGACAGCCUCUUCAAACCUGUGGCCUUCCCACUGGAAAUCAACAUUGUCAUGGCAGCAGAUGUGUUUCCUGGCGGGAUUAUAGGGAAGAUCUAUGCCACAGACCGAGAUGAGAAUGAUGUUCUGUCUUUCAGUCAGAGAUCACAAACAAACAGUCUUUUCAAAAUCAGCAGACAGGACGGGAAGAUUGUGGCACUAAAUGGCCUGGAGCCUGGAAGAUACUCCCUAAAUGCUACAGUCAGUGAUGGGCGGUUUUCUGUGACCGUGGGCGUUAGCGUCCAGGUGGAGCAAGCCACGGAUGAGAUGGUGCAGAAUGCAGUGACUCUGCGUUUUCAAGACCUGUCCCCUGAGGACUUUGUGGGUGUGUACAUGGAAGAGCUAAAGAAGGUGCUCCGUACCUCACUGGUUGGUGAUGGGACAGGUGUUAUUGAUGGACCAGACCCUCUUCACAUCCUGGGAGUGCAGCCACUGAGUCGCUCCAGUCAGCUGGAGGUGCUCCUUGCCGUGGAGACACCAGAUGGGGGUUAUAUGGGUCCAGGAGAGCUGGCUCUCAAGCUGGAGGAGGUGAAGGGUUUCCUAAAGGGAGUGCUGAGGGUGGUCAGCGUCUUGGAUCAGAGCUGCUCAGGAGAGCUUGAGUGCGGGGAGAGAGUCUGUGAGCUCACCCUCAGUCUCGACCCCAUCGGCUUGGUCACCUACACCACCUCCAGAGUGAGCUUUGUGUCUCCAUGCUUUAGCAGGAAAGAGAUGUGCACGUGUCCAGGAGGAAUAUGUCCAUCUUCUCUGGAGCUCUGUGAUGGCCAAACGUGUCCGUCUGACAUGCAGUGUGUGCGCAGCGGCCCUGCAGCGCCUUCUUUCUGCCAGUGUCUGCCUGACACGCUGGACAAGUGCGCAGGCCAAACAUCUCUGAGCUUUGCAGGGAACAGUUACAUCAAAUACAGAGUGACGGAUAGUGAUAGGAGCGGAGACAUGAAGCUGGGCUUGAGAAUCAGAACGCUGCACAGCCAAGGAGUCAUCAUGUACACACGCGCUGACCCCUGCACACUGCUCAAGAUAGAGGAAGGGCGUCUGUGGUUCCAGAUGGACUGUGACAACAGACUGGACAUCCUGGGCAUCUCAGGGCGUCCAAUCAAUGAUGGGUCCUGGCACGCCGUGACCCUGGAGCUCACUAGUAACUACACUCUCCUUUCGCUGGACGACAGCUAUGUGGAGCGCCGGCGUUCUGCGCGGGCCCCUGUCCGCAUCUGGCCCCUGGCCGCAGACGGAUCGCUGUUCUUUGGGGCUCAGGUGUUGCACGGACCAGUGGGCAGAGGCAGCCAGAGGCCCCCACGGGCGCAAGAAGGCUUCCAGGGGUGCCUCGGGUCCAUCAUGCUCAACGGGAAUGAACUCCCUCUUCAGAAUAAGAGGAGCCGGUAUGCAGAGGUAGCUGGGCUGAGUGACAUGAAGCUGGGAUGUGUUUUAUACCCUGAUCCGUGCCUCGGAAGACCGUGCCAGAAUGGAGCUUCUUGUACAAAGCUGCCCUCUGGUGACUUCUCAUGCAGCUGCCUGCCACAGUUCACGGGGUCCCGCUGUGAGAUGGAGGUGACGUCCUGUGUGCCCUCACCUUGUCAGAAUGGGGGUGAUUGUAAGGCUGUGGGAAACACCUUCCUCUGCGGUUGCCUCAAAGGCUUUACGGGACUCAUAUGCGACGAGGAUGUGAACGAGUGUGAGAGGGAGGAGUGUGAGAAUGGAGGGGCAUGUGUGAACACAUUCGGAGCCUUCUACUGUAACUGCACCAUUGGUUUCGAGGGUCAAUUUUGUGGCCAGCCGUCUCUGGAUGGCCCAGACACUCAGGCCGAAGCCCUGUCGUACGUCGGACCGGGAGAGAUCAUCGGCAUCGGCGUGUUGCUCUUUGUGGUGUUGGUCCUGCUGACCCUGUUGGCCGCGUUCCGCAAAAAAGUCCUCCGGAAGGACUGGAGCCGCGGGGAGGCGGUGGGAAUCUCCACAGAGACCAACUACAUGCUGCAUAACACGGGCAUGGGAGCCGAGGGCAUCGAGUUCAAAACUGUACGGGUCAGCGGCGAGUGUCGCGCCAGCCUCUACCGGAACGACAGCACAGGAGGGCCGCCGCAGGUCAUGGUGCGGCCCACAGCCUACACGCUUCCCCACUGCCAGGGAAUCCCUCGAGGGGAAACGGAAAAGACGGAGGGAGGGCUGGCCACCCUCUCCUGCCCUCCGCAGAUGAGCACCUUCCAGGCGGAUCCGCCACACAUCCUCGGGAUGCCGCGGAGAGGUGUGGCCGUCUGCAGCGUGGCGCCCAAUCUUCCCCCGUCUUUGUCCUCGAACCCGUCCGAACGCAGCCCAAUUCGCAAGCCUCCGUGGGAAGAGGACGAUGAUGAGGAUAAUGCUAUGGAGCAUCAAGUCCAAGCUCUGGAGUGGGAAGACAGGGGUUAUCAGGCGGACGCAGAGGAAGCGUACAGAACCGAGGCCUCUAUAGUGACGGUGAUACGACUGGUGAACACUGCAGUGGACACCAUUGAAAAUGAAGUUGCAGGUCUGGGCGACGUGCAGCCUCACAGUGCCCCAUCAAGCCCACACCUCCACUGUGAGGAUGAGAUAUGCGUGGAAUUCGUCAAAGAGUAUUUUAUGAAUUCCUACCAAUGGCAAACCUCAGAGUGGCUUGACACGUGUCUCCCAGGACUGGAAUCACCACCUCGAGACCAGACCCCUACACCACCUCCCCCACCCCUUCCUGCUCCUCCACCUCCCCUGACCCCUACACGGCUAGUGGGCACCCCUAUCCGCCUGGGCGGCAGCGUGCGGUUGGAUGGCAGCACUCUAUCGCUGCAGACUGGCUACCCAUUACGACGAUACCAGGGCCAGAGAGAUUUCCGCACGUCCCUAACCCUGGACGACAACAACUCGCCUGUAUACGAAGAAUACCGUCACCAGGAUCACUACGACAACGCCUCUACUGUUCACCCGCUGGGUUUUAGCGAGGGCCUAUCCAGACCCGACUAUCAUCACUCCAGCCAGUACCUGCUCUCUCACCCUCCCCUACUGGCCUGGGAGGAGCGUCCGCGUGUCUGGGAGGACACGCACCCCUUCGGCAGCCAGCAGGAGAUCGACAGACUGGGCAGGAUUUCACUUCGGGCCCAACGCUUGCGUAGUCAGAGCCCAAAGACUUCUUUGUCUGGCAUGAGAUAGUAUUACUGA